GUGUAUAGGCAUAUUAGAAGUGUGGCUAAACUCUUCUUAACAAACUCAAAUUAGUUGAAUGAGAUUGUAGUGAACAAACACAGAGAGGACUUCCACAAAACAAUAAUUACAAUUAGGGACGAAAAGGGAAACAAAGUUCCAAAAAGGGUCAUAAUUGCAAUUAAAGAGAAGUAUUCCCUAGACCCCAUCUCUCUCACAAGAUAUGAUGAUGUGGAACCUGAAAACAUACCAGAAAGAGGCAAAUGGCCCAAAAUGAGCAAAGUGAGGAAUGGGGGAUUAUGGUGUUGUGGUGGGGGGCUAUUUGCUUUUAAACCCCUCCUUUGCUUUUUGGCGGUGAUCUUCUUCUUCUUCUUCAUCCUCACAAUAAUCCCCAAUCCAAAAAACUUUAACCCCUCUUUGGCUUUGGCCCCCUUUCAAUACCUUUGUCGGUACUCUCAGACUGUGACCUCGAACCCCACACUUCCCCCAUUCUCCUCCAAAUCAUAGCCCUACACGUACCCUUUUCUUCAAGAUCAAUCCCCAUAAAAACUUGCCGCCCAAGAACUUAACCACAAACCGAAUGUACAGCCUGCCCUUCAUCAAUUCAACUUGAACUGAGCAAAACAGAGCAGAGUUGCAAGUGGGGGACAAGAAAAAACUUUCUCUGCCUAAACCGCUUUCAUAGACUGUGAUUCUACAGUGACUACUGUCAAAAAUCUUAUCGUACAAAGUUAAAAAAGAGAUAAACAAACCGGCCCCCCACCCCCUUCUUCUUCCCGUCUCUCCAUCAUCGCCCUCUUCUUCAGCAGGAGCAGAGAAGAAGUAGAGCCGUCCUCUCGGGAUCUUUGUACUGUUUUUUCUUUUCUUUUCUUUUCUGACCCUUUUGAGUACGUUAAAGAUAGGUACAGUUUUCUGGGCCAACCCUUCUGUGUGUAUUUAUAUCCUGAAUCGAACCACCCCCCACAUUGUUUCCUUUUGUCUGCACCCUAUUUUAAUCGAGGAAAUUAUGGGUUUUUUCUUUCUUCUUCUUAUUCUUCAUUGAGGGUUUGCUUUUCCAACACGGUUUUGAUUUCUCCAUUUGAUGCUCUGAUUUUAUACCUCGUCUUUUUGGGGUUCUCUCUGUUUUUGUCCUUUUUUUUUAAAAAAAAAAACUGUUAUUUUUGUGACUGUUGGAUCUGAUUAGGGUUUUGAUUUUUGGAGUGACGGGGUUGUGAUUUUAGGUGGAUUUAUUGCAGUUAUCGAUCUGGGUUUUGUUUUUUCGGAGAUGGAAAGAAGGAAGAAGCUGCAGCAGUGUCAAGGGGUUAGCUAGAUUUUUGUUUUAUUUUUUAUUUUUAACUUGCUGGGUCGUUUUUUUCUCUCUUUGUCGUUAUUCAUUUUAGAGAGAGAAAGUGUGUGGGAAAGGGGAAUAAAGGGAAAAUAAGAUAGAAACUUCUUUUGCUUGCCCCCAUUGGAUUCCCACUUUGGUUUUGUUUAUAUAUUUGUUUUGGGUUUUCUUUUUGGGGUUUCAAUAAUCUUGAAGAAGAGAAAGAAAUAUAGAAGAAGAAAUGGCGAAUCGAUGGUGGGCUGAAAACAUACCCACCACCACAGAUAGCAGCACCAGCAACCCUUAUUCGACUCCAUUAAAGCAAAGCUUAGAAGUUGCUGAUGAAGAGAACAACUCCGGUAGUCAUGAAAGAGCCGAACCAGGCACUAGUUCAAGCACGCGCCGCCCUCGUGGCCGGCCGCCGGGAUCUAAGAACAAGCCGAAGCCACCGGUGGUGGUCACUAAGGAGAGCCCCGAUGCCCUUCGGAGCCACGUUUUGGAAAUUGGUAGCGGCAGCGACAUCGUUGAAAGCAUCUCGAACUUUGCCCAGCGCCGGCAGCGAGGAGUUUCGGUUCUCGGUGGAAAUGGGGUUGUUGCCAAUGUUACUCUCCGGCAUCCGGGUGCCUCUGGCGGUGUUAUUACGCUACAGGGUCGAUUUGAUAUAUUGUCGCUCUCUGGUGCUUUUUUGCCUGCCCCAGCUCCACCGGGUGCUACUGGAUUAACUGUCUACUUAGCUGGCGGGCAGGGGCAGGUGGUUGGUGGCAUUGUCGUCGGUGCACUCGUGGCAACCGGUCCAGUUAUUGUAAUCGCUGCCACUUUCACCAAUGCGACAUUCGAGCGCCUACCGCUAGAGGACGAGGAGGUUGCCGCCGGAGACAAGUCUGGAACUAGCCAGAACAAUUCAACAUCUCAGAGCAUGGGGGAGCAACAGCAACAGCAACAGCAGCCAUCUAUGGGAGUUUACAAUAUGACCCCAAAUUUGGUGACAAAUGGUCAGGUUUCUUCACAUGAGAUGAUUUGGAGUCUUCCGAGAGCCCCACCUCCAUUUUAAGAGAUUAGAGGGAGAGUAAGAGAGAAAGAAGAGGGAUAAGUAGGUGCUAGUUUUGUUUGAACUUUGAGAACCGAUCAAAUUUCUUUUUCUGCUAAACAUCUUGUCUAAUUAUCACAUAUAUAUAUAUAUAUAUCAAGUUGAGCUGGUAGGAUUUUGUUUGUUUAUACUUUGGUUUUCCUUUCUUUUUUCUUGUUGAAACUCAUUUCUCUUUUGUAAUGUUGUGUUGUGUCAUAUGAGAAUAACUAUGAUCAUAUGGGGAUUUUUCUUUCUAUAUGUAUAAUUUCUAAUUCUAAUCUUUGGUC